CUCCUAAGGGUGUGUCGCCAGCUGCUAUCCCUCAAACACAAUCGCCGCUAGCUAACGUCAGUAGCAAAUCUCGCCUGUCGAAUCCCGUAAAAGCACGCAACGCCCGCCGCAGUUUGCCUCGACGAAUGUGCACGCACUGGGAUGUCUGCAGCCGACUGGUACGCUCACAAAUCGCUCGGAGACGGACUCUUCUGGAUCCAGGAGCGGUUCUACCAGUCGGAGAACCGGGCCAACAUCUGGCUGCUGCGCGGCUCCCACCAGGACGUGGUGAUAGACACCGGUCUGGGUUUGAGGAGCUUACCUGACUACAUCGACGGCAAGGGGCUGCUCGGCAAAGACCCGCAGAGGAAGAACCCGCUGCUGGCCGUCGCCACCCACGCCCACUUUGACCACUCGGGUGGUCUUCAUCAGUUCCAACAAGUGGGCGUCCACAGCGCCGAGGUCGAUGCUUUGGUCAACGGAGACAACUUCGAGACGGCCACCUGGCUCAGCGACAGAGAGAUCGUGGAGGCUCCCAGUCCGGGAUGGAGGGCAAGGCACUACCGAGUCAAAGCUGUGCAGCCCACACACAUCCUGCAGGAGGGUGAUGUCAUCAACUUGGGUGACCGACAGCUGACGGUGCUCCACAUGCCCGGCCACUCUCGCGGCAGCAUCUGCCUCCACGACCGUGACAAUAAGUUGCUCUUCAGCGGAGACGUUGUGUACGACGGCGCCAUGAUUGACUGGCUGCCCUACAGCCGCGUCAGUGACUACAUCAGCAGCUGUGAGCGCCUGGUGGGGCUAGUGGACAGCGAACAGGUGGACCAAGUCCUCCCAGGACACUACAACACCUUUGGUGCGAAGCCGCUUCACCGGAUUGCAUCCACAUAUAUCAGCAGAGCUGCAACGUGCCCGGCAAAGUUCUCCACGUUUGCCUGGGGGACUCUGGCUGGUGUGGCGCUGCGGGCAUUCAACCCACGGAGUGCCUGUUAAUGAGAGGGGACCAUGGAGCUGAAGGAAGCACAAGUGGACAAAGAGAGAUGUUUAAAUAUGGAGGGGAGACGCCCCCGUUUAAUCUGUAACAUUGUUUAUUUACAUGUAAUCCAACCAACAUCAGAAAAUUGCCAAAUGUUCGGUAAAAUGCCCCAAUGGGGUUGCAUAAAUCAAUAAUCUGCAUCAUACGAAGCGUACAAUAUGAAGUAUAUAUAAUGGGAUUCUGUUCUGUGCUAUUUAAUAUUUAUUAGGUUGAAUAAUAUAUUGUAUGAUUUUUAUACUUUAAGCAGUUGUAAAAUGAAACUAGCACAACGACGGUACAACUCUGCACUGCGAAGAGCAAGCCGAGUGAGUAUGGCCAUAGUAUUUCUCUAUGCAUUUCACCAUGCUCAGCGAAGACUCCGUGUCGACUACCUCCCACGUUUGUAACAGUGCUUUGUACUAUGGACCAAUCCAAGGCUUUUGGUACCGAAACCUUCAUAAUAAAGCCUCUGUUCUGCCUGCC